AUGACUACUCUUACUGCCAGGGACAAGGCCACCGUCAAGGAGUUCUGGUCCAAAAUUGGGGACUAUGCGGAGGACAUCGGCAGAGACGCUCUGUCCAGCCGACCCAGUGAACUCAUGAUUGUUGUUUCCCCCUGCAGGAUGAUCGUGGUCUACCCCCAGACCAAGACCUACUUCUCCCACUGGAGCGACCUGAGCCCCGGAUCUGCCCCCAUCAAGAAGCACGGCAUGACCGUGAUGAAUGGAGUGGCCGACGCCGUGACCAAGAUCGACGACCUGACCGCAGGUCUGCUGAACCUCAGCGAGCUGCACGCCUUCACCCUGAGGAUUGACCCCGCCAACUUCAAGAUUGCUGCUCACAACAUCUUGGUGGUCAUGGCCAUGAUGUUCCCCGUGGACUUCACCCCCGAGGUGCACGUGGCCAUGGACAAGUUCCUGGCUGCCGUGGCCCGCGCCCUGGCCGAGAAGUACCGAUAAACACCUCAUCUGUACC